UAGUUGGUUUUGGUUUGGUAUGUACAAUUUGUACAAGAUUCUUUUUAUCAGUGACAGUCAAACUGUAUUUACGUUUGUAGAUAUUCUGAUAAAAUUAUAUCUUGUUGGGGUCAUUGUCAGUUACCUACUUGUAGUGUUGCUAGUUUUGAUUGUUUAUAUUUAAAUACUUUAUUUACCUAUAAUAAUUACUUUACGUUUUAUAAAAAAUACUGUGCGAAAGUUUCUAUAAACUUAGUAUCGAUGUUUUGAAUAGUAAUAAGUAUAAUUUAAAAUUGUUUCUUUUAACUUAGCUCAGUACGGUACCUACCAAUUCCGUUUAUUCGAUAAGAGUUUAGUUGUAAUAUAAACACAAAGUUAAUAUGUACAGAAAUUAUAGUCUUAAUGUUUGCAAGAUGAUAACAAUAAAAUCUGCUACAUCUAUUACUGGUACUGUUGCCCGGAGUUUUUUUCCUGUUACAUCCAACACUUCAGCACAUCGCUGGUAUUCAGGUGACACUUCUAAAAAGUUUGAUAUUGUUGUAAUUGGUGGUGGUAUUGUUGGUGCUGCUUCCGCAAGAGAGCUCAGUCUGAGGCAUCCAUCAUUAAAUAUUGCAUUAGUCGAGAAGGAAAAUUGUUUCGCCUACCAUCAAAGUGGAAAUAACAGUGGUGUGAUUCAUGCUGGUAUUUAUUACAAACCUGGAUCAUUGAAAGCUAAAUUAUGUGUACAAGGCAUGGAAUUAGCUUAUAAAUACUGUGAAGAAAAAAAUAUUAAAUAUUUAAAAUGUGGCAAACUGAUAGUGGCCACUGAAAGGCAUGAAGUACCUGUAUUAUUAGAUCUGUAUGAUCGAGGAAUACAAAAUGGUGUAAAAGAUUUGCAGCUACUAGAAGGAAAUGAAAUAAGAGAAAUUGAACCUCUCUGUAAAGGGUUACAAGCAAUAUGGUCACCCAAUACUGGAAUUGUGAGUUGGGCACAGGUGACAGAAUCUUAUGUAGAGGACUUCAAAAAAUGUGGUGGCACAACUUAUCUAAACUUUGAAGCAAAGAGGUUCUCAGAGUCUGAAAAUGCAGAAUAUCCUGUUGUAAUAUCGGAUAACAAAUCUAAUAAUAUUUCUGCGAAGUAUGUUCUCACAUGCUGUGGCCUACAUUCAGAUACAGUAGCAGUUUUAACUGGAUGCCCUGAAGAGCCCAAAAUCAUACCUUUUAGAGGUGAAUAUUUAUAUCUAGUCCCAAGCAAAAGUAACUUGGCUAAAGCUAACAUUUAUCCUGUACCUGACCCAAGGUUUCCUUUUCUUGGUGUCCAUAUAACUCCUAGAAUAGAUGGACGUGUAAUUUUGGGUCCAAAUGCAAUAUUAGCCUAUUGUAAAGAAGGAUAUACAUAUAGUGAUGUGAAUAUGAAAGACUUGAAAGAUAUUUUAGCAUUUUCUGGUUUUCGGAAAUUAGCAAUGAAGUAUGCAGGUUUCGGAGUUAAAGAAUUAGCUAGAUCAAUAUUUCCUUCACUGCAAGUAAAGCAGGUGCAAAAAUACAUUCAGGAGAUUACAUCUGCUGAUGUGGAGAGAGGUCCUGCUGGUGUAAGAGCGCAGGCAAUGGCUAAAGAUGGAACUUUAAUAGAAGAUUUUGUGUUUGAUUCUCAACCUGGAUCUGGUGCGAUAGGAAGUCGAGUUUUACAUUGCAGAAAUGCACCCUCACCUGGAGCCACUUCAUCACUUGCUAUCGCAAAAAUGAUUGCUGAUAAGAUGGAAAGUGAGUUUAAGUUUAAAAUCUGAGAUAUAAAAAGACAAGUUUAUUCAUAAACAUAGUAAUAAAUAAAUGUAAAAGUAAUGUACAUAAAAGCAGUGUCAUCCUACACUUUAAGGAAGGAUAAACAUAUUUGUUUUGUAAAACUGUGCUAAUGGAAAUCCAAAAGUUGUUAUAGCAUAGUGAGAACAAAUAAUACCUAACAUUGAUUACUCAAAUUGUAAUUUAUUUUAAUUAGACCAGGAUGGCACUUUCGAUCGUCAAAACAAAAAAAUUAAUAGAAACUAUUUGCUAAUUUGUAGGUGUGAGAUUGUGGGAGGAACUCCUACUUCUAAAUAAAAUGCAAAAACUUUUGUUUGAAAUAGGGAUUUUUUUUUAAAUGACACUUGUUAAUAUAAUAUUUAUAAGUUUAACUACAUAAACUAUUUGAAAGCCUUAGAUGUAAUAAUCAUGUUGUAAAGAUUUAUUGCUAAAGAUUUAUUUUUAUGUAAAUAUUAAAGCAUUCAUUAUAGGAAGAUUUGUUACAAAAAAAAAAUCAAAUUGUUAUAUUGUGAUCUGAAAUGGAUUUAUUUAAUCUUAUGUACUAUCAAAUAUUUAUAUAAGUCAAAACUAUAAAUAAUUAAAUUAUUAUUAAUUACUAUAAUAUAAAUAAAUGUGUAACUUUGGGUGCUAAAUUACAGUCACUAACUAGCAUUUUAGCUAUCGAAUAUAUUUGCACAUAAUAGUCAUUAUUUAUUUUUUAAGUAAGGGAAUAAUAUUAUAUACAACAUUUUUUAUUUUUUAUUUUUUUUUCUUGAAGUCUUGUAGUUGUCUUUUAUGAACAAAUUUUAAUAUACACUUGGCUUUGUUUGGAAGGCAUGAUUUUCUAUUCAGCAACAAUCCCUUGAUUAGUCAAAGAAAUGAAAUUAAUUUGGAGAUCAUGGACGGUCGUUGAAUGGAACAGUAUAUUACUGAACACCACUAUGUACUCUGAUAGACUAAACAAGGAAUAAACUGAAAAAAAGAAAUAAACUUUAUUAAAUUUCA